CUGGCCAGGAAUGGAGGCAGAAAUCCGCACCCACUGCGAAAGCUGCCAGCGAUGCUUACUCUCCAAGGCAGGGAAGAAGUUACAUCCACAAAUGGGAUCACUCAUUGCAAGGGAGCCCCUGGAAGUACUAGCGAUAGACUUCACCGUGUUAGAGCCCAGCUCUAACAGGGUUGAGAAUGUCCUAGUACUGACAGACGUCUUUACGAAAUAUACACAAGCCGUACCUACCAGAGACCAGCGGGCAACUACGGUCGCAAAGGUACUUGUAAACAACUGGUUUGUGAGAUUUGGAGUACCUAAGCGCCUGCACAGCGACCAAGGUCGGAACUUCGAGAGUGGUCUAGUAAAAGAGCUCUGCAGAGUGUAUGGGGUAAAGAAGACAAGGACAACUCCCUACCAUCCAGAGGGCAAUGCACAAUGUGAACGCUUCAAUCGCACGAUGCAUGACCGGCUGCGUACUCUUCCGCCGGAGAAGAAGAGAAGAUGGCCUGAACAUCUGCCUGAGUUGGUGUACGCCUACAACUGCACACCCCAUUCUUCGACGGGUUAUUCGCCAUAUUAUCUUUUCUUCGGCAGAGAGCCGGUGCUGCCCAUUGACCGCCAGCUAGGACUUCAACACUCUGAAUCCGAUUCAGAGUGGUUGGAGGCUCAUCAUAGACGCCUGAGGACUGCCUUCGACCUGGCAAGACAGAUGACAGAGAAGGAAGCACUGAGAAGACGGGAGAGGGUCAAUCGCACCGCUGAGGACACAAGCCUUGUCAUUGGAGCACGAGUGUUCACACGGAAUCGUGUCCUUGGACGGAACAAGAUUCAGGAUGUUUGGUGCGACACUCCGUUCAAGGUGGUAGCCCGACCCAACCCCGAGGGGAACGUGUACGUCAUCGAGCCGUUACAGGAUGAAGGUCCACAGAAGACAGUUCAUCGUCGAGACCUUCUAGACUCACGUGGACUGGUAGGUGACAUCAACCCAGAUCGUUUCGAUGACACCACACAGGACCCUCAACCGACCGCCCUUCCAUCCAACAACCAAACCGACGAAGACGACGAGCCGAGAGAGGUACUCUUUCGAAGACCCGAUGAGAAUACCAAUCUUACAGAUGACAAUCCACCAGGUACUUCCGAAAGAGUAGGGGAGCACCCAGCUCCUCAGGUUGAACUAGAAACUGAACAGCAGAUAGCCGAAGAUGAAGUAUCUUUAGCUAGGGACUCUGACGUUACUGAACCUACUGUUUCCGAUCAGGAGGACGAACCGGAGGACGAACUUGUAGUCCCUGUCAGAAGGUCUGCUCGGUUGAAAGGGAACCCCCCACACCUCUCGUCCGAAAUUGUAGCUGACAUUACCAAAUCUCAUUUGUUGUUCAUGCAAAUGAUGUCUAAUUCUAACCCAACUCACUAAAUUUUUAAACGAUUAUUUUCGUAUUUGUUUGUUUAACUCAUUUUGAAUCUUUGAAUUGUCCAAAGUUGUCAGAGACGACAACAUCAAGUAGGGGAGAAUGUGACAGUCUGGAAUCUCAUUAUGAUAUUAUUCAUAAUGAUCUUAAUAUGUUUGUUAUAAUAUUGUUUACUUUUAAUUAUUAAUCAACACUGUGCAGUUUCUGAGCAGUGAUCCUCAGAAAACCCAUUAGUCACUUUCUAGGUCCCGCAUAAUAGAGCUCUUGUACACGUCGUAAAUCUUAUCUCUAAAGAAUGUUGUGGUUACCUCCAGAGGGUGGGAGAGUGAAGGCUACCGCCCAUCUGGAUGAGGAAGGGUAAAAUCCACUCAUUCCAUCUCAUACCACCUUUGAGACAACACCCAUGCUAUAGAGAAGAGAACUUGUACGAUAUUUGACUUUCCAUGACAAAUUCCAUCCAAUAGGGGGUUUAUCCUUUCUCGGGUUUAUUUUCGAGAAUAAAG